AUGCGCCUGGCGCUCGCCAUCUGCGACUUCCUGUCGACCUCGGUCGCCGACGGCACCCUUCCCGCCGACGACAAGGACUCGAUCGAUGUCGCCGUCCAGUGCAUCGCCGACUCGUUCAAGAUUGACCCCAGCGACAAGCAGGCCCUGACCGACGCUGUCGGCACCCAGAACCUCCAGCAGAUCUACGGUGUGUACGAGAAGCUCAAGAAGUCUUCCUCGUCAGCCAACACGUCGACGACCGGCGCCAGCGCCUCGGCCAGUGCCGCCGCCGGCAGCACUGCCGCGCCCACCGAGGAGCAGAAGAAGGAGGCCGACGCCCUCAAGUCCCGCGGCAACGCCGCCAUGGCCACCAAGGACUACGCCUCGGCCAUGACCUCUACACCAGGCCCUCGCCCUGACGCCCGGGAACGCCGACUCAAUCAUGACCGUCCCCUAGUCCGGGACGAUCCCACGAUCAGCCUCCCUAUUGGUCCGUCUGUUCCAUUCAACCUAGCCCAGGAGCCCGAUCUCUUCUCGUCGUCUGCGGCCCGCGACCACGAGUCGGCCCGCGCCGACGCCGAGGCGGCCGUCGCCCUCGACGCAAAGUACACCAAGGCGUGGUCCCGCCUCGGCCUCGCCCGCUUCGCCCUCGGCGACGCGCGCGGCGCCAUGGAAGCCUAUCAGAAAGGCAUCGACGCCGAGGGCAACGGCGGCAGCGACGCCAUGCGCAAGGGCUUCGAGACGGCCAAGCGCCGCGUCGACGAGCUCGAGGCCGAGGGCUCCGAGAACGCCAGGAGUCCCACGGCCAGCCCCGGCCCUGGCGCUGGCGCCGGCGCCGGCGGCAUGCCUGACCUCGGCAGCCUUGCCAGCAUGCUCGGCGGUGGCGGUGGCGGCGCCGGCGGCAUGCCCGACUUUAGCCAGAUCAUGAACAACCCCAUGUUCGCGAGCAUGGCGCAGAACCUCAUGAGCAACCCCGACAUGAUGAACAACCUCAUGAGCAACCCGAGGCUCCGGGAGAUGGCCGACUCGUUCGGCAGCGGUGGCGGCAUGCCUGAUCUCGGCAGCCUGAUGCAGGACCCCAACAUUGCUGACAUUUAUGAUGUUGACAGUGCUGAGGACGAACGCCAGCCGCUUCUAGCCCGGGAUGGUACCUACAUCGUCGUGCUCCAUCAUGGCCGGAUCAUUGAACAAGGCAGCCACGAAAAGCUGCUCGCAUCCACGGGCAGAUACGCCAGUCUCUGGGCCACGAAAGAGCCAGGCAAACAGAACGAGGCUUCUUGCCCCCGCUAUUCCGACCGCUCAACGAGCACAGAGCCCAAGGCUAUGCUCGAACGCACCAUCACGGCAUCCCCCAUCAAGACGCCUCAACGCCAUCGCCGCGAGGGCUCCAAGCUGAACCCGGACGCUCCCGAGUUUACGCCCGGCGCCCUGGCUGCGGCCAGGAGCAACCCCAGCCCCUUCAUCAACAGGGUCGAAACGCCCACUCCCGCUCAGCGGACCACUACGCCUCUGCCCGAGAACAUUGCACUGCCCCCCAGCGCGGCACCCGUGAUACGGGCAGAUUUUCGGUUCCCGUUGGUCUCUCCUCGCCGCCGGUUCCAGUCCAAGAGCGAGACGAACGAGUAUGGUUCUGACGAGUGUGCGACGCCGCGAAGGGUGUCUGCGCCUUCGCCUAGCCGCACCAUGCGGGACGCACCGCGCGAAACAGAAAAGUUGGGGUGUGGCCGAGUGCAUGACGAUCAAGGGUCCGUGGUCGUCGGAAAGGACAAGCCUGAGAGCCAGCACGUCAUCACGAUCAAUACCAUCAAGCCUGCGGCGUCUCCUCCGGCCAAGCCAUCGACAAACCAUUCUCAGAGCCCCAAAAAGGACGAGGGCACCAAUCCUUCUGCCGCUACGCAAAAGGGACACGGCCGUCCCAGGGCCCGAUACGGCAGAGGUAGAGGAGGCCGUCGCGGAGGACGGACUGACACAACACGCGGUCCGGUCGAGGGAAGCUCAGCUCUGCCAGUGCCCACAAAGGGCCGUCGGUAGUCAGGAAAUCAAUGUGCAGGCGGCGCGUUGCGACUAGCUAGUAUCGGGAUAU